AAGAAGAGGAAGCUUUGACAGCAAAUUCCUUCAUUCCGUCGCCGUAUUCUCUGGUCCCGUUUGGUUUUUUGCGUUUGUUUCUGUUCGCUGUUGUCGGCCGCAAAACAGGCAAGAAAGUUGGCCAAAACCCUUGGCCAACGUGAGCACUCGGGCGGGUGAAGUGAUAACGCCCCUGGUGCGGCUCAUUAUUGACCGCUUCCGGUGCUGUGCUGGGCGGUGUAUGCAGCCAAACGACGUAGCACAAAACACACCUCACCCAACCAGCCAGCCAGUGUUAGCGCGAGUAAGCAAGUACAGCUUCUGCAGUUGAUUAGCAUUCUCCCGACGUUCUCCAGCCGCAUCGAAAAUACGCACGGAUAGCAAGUGGUGAUGUUGGGACGGGUCCAUGAAAAGUGACACCUAAAAAGGAAACAAUUUUAUGCUCGACUCUCGGCUGCGAACCCACGGUCCGGAACUAAUCUGUGAGCAUUAUGAAAGCGAAGCAAAGCGAGUGUCGGAAAUUAGUCUGAACGUUCCCGCCAACAGGACCAACCGGCGAUUUAGUAGCUAGUGUAUGAAUGGUGGGCGUCCAGACACAAACCGAGGAACACUUUCCGUGUCUACCAGCAUUAUCCUUCGUCGGGUGUGCCAUUUAGGUGGUUGCGGCGACGGCUGGCCCACAGCCAACGUGUGUUCUUUCGGGGAAGACCGGUGUAAUGAGGCCAACCUCUGGCACACGUCAAUCGGACCCAUCGGCCGUGGUGAUACAGCGAAGAUGCGUCCCAUCGUGGUACGGUAGUAGUAGGCAGACGUAGGCGCGGUGCAAGUGUUACGCGAAAGGUGCGCGACGUUGUUAUGUUCUACAGUUCGCGUCGGUGAGCGAAGAAUAACGAACCCCCCCCCCCCCCCCCGCGGGAUCACGGAAGUGAAGGCGGUGUGUUGUGUUGGGUGGUUGUUUGUUGUGCGAUUGUGGGUAGUGCGAAGCGAAGCAGCAACCGUCGUAACUGGAAGGAAGCGGCGAGUGGCAGGAUAAUUGCAGUCGUGCAAUUUAGGAGUGAAAGUUUGCUUUUGAGGACAUCCAUUGCAUCGGUCCGGAGGCAAAAUGACGGUCGACUUCAACGACUAUUUCUGGGGCGAGAAAAACAAUGGCUACGAGGUGCUGUACCAAAAUAUGAAGUAUGGCCUGUCGGCGACGAAAGAGCUGGCGGAGUACUUCCGCGAGCGCGCGAAUCUCGAGGAGUACAACUCGAAGCUGCUGACGAAGCUGGCGAACAAGGCGGGCUCGAGCGGCGGCGGCACCUUCUCGCCGCUCUGGAUCAUCCUCAAGUCCACGACCGAGCGGCUGUCGGAGCUGCACGCCCAGAAGGUGCAGAAGCUGACGGAGCUGGUCAAGAACGUCACCAAGUACGCGGAGGAUCUGCACAAGAAGCACAAAUCGGUCAAGGAGGAAGAAUCGGGCACGCAGGAUGCGGUGCAGGCAAUGAAGGAAUCGACAACGGCCGUCUCAAAGGCAAAGGACAUCCACAAUGCCCGGCUGCAGGAGGUGGAGAAGGCACGGAAGGACAACUCGACGAAGGAGAUCGAAAAGUCGGAGGCCAAGCUGCGGAAGCAUCAGGACGACUACAAGGCGCUGGUGGAGAAACACAACAUAAUCAAGCAGGAGUUUGAGAAGAAAAUGACAAUAACGUGUAGGCGUUUUCAAGAAAUGGAAGAAGCACACCUGAAGCAAAUGAAAGAGUUCCUCUCCUCGUACAUGGACAUCGUGCAGAACAAUUUCGAUCUGGUCGGACAGGUCCAUUCUGAUUUGAAGCGUCAAUUUCUAGAGCUAACCGUGGACAAGCUGCUGGAGCAGUUCGUGCUCAACAAGUACACCGGGCUGGAGAAACCAGAGCUAAUUGAGCUUGAUUUUGAAAGUGGCACCGGGAAUGCUUCCACCGGUGCGGGUGGCAGUAAUAGCCACCAGCUGCUAGUAAACACGUCGUCCGGCGGACCGGGUGGCAGUAUCUCGCCCGCCCCAUCCUCACUGGCCGGCGGGUUGCUCGAAUCACCGACCCUGUCCGCUACCAGCGCCUCACAACCGAUCAACAUUAUCGGCACGUCGACGACAGCGGCCGGCAAGAAGGAAGGCAGCAGCCAUCUCCGAUCGUGGUUCAGCUCGAGCUCGACCGCAGCCGUCCCAACGAACUCGCCGGUCAAUCUGUCCACCUCACCCACUUCCAACUCGGUGGGCGGCGGACUCCGGUACGAUGGAUUGGAUCUUCCCACCCAGCAGCAGCAGCAGCAUCCAAUGUCGUUGCGCGCCAUGUCGCCGGUGCCAUCGGCGUUGAGCGAAAGUAGCGUUUCCGGAUCCGCACAAAGUACGGGCAAACACUCAAUCUCCGGGUUUCUGCGCAGCCGGCGCGAGAAGGCCAAAUCGAAGAAAGCCAAAAAGAAGAAAGAUUCCACGGAAAAUUCCAGUGCCAAAGAGGAGAACAUUUUGGAUGGUGAGAGCAAGGGAGAUUCGGCGAAUACGGGCAGCAGCGCUACCAACCUGCAGACCACCUCCGCGAUCAGUGCAUCGAAUGUCGCACCGACGGCGACGCCCGAAGUCGAUGAGGACGGUUACAGUAUACAGCCGCGCGAAACCACCUGGGACAGUGCGACGAUCACGGAAAAGAGCAAUAAUUUCUACUCAAGCUCGGACAGUGACAGUGAAGACGAACGGGAGGAAAAGAAAAUUCACGUCGAAAUUAAACCGCUUAACAAUGGCGCUGCGCCCAUUUCGGCGAGUGUCGACGAGCUGAGGGCCACGGUGGAAAAUCUGUCCCUAUCUCCGAUCGGUAUUUUAACAUCGCAACAGCAACAGCAGCACCAUCAACAGCACCAACUGCACCAGCAGCAGCACCAACAGCAGCAGCAGCAGCAAUCCUCACAAGCACACGCGUUGCACCAGCAGAUGUCGGUCGGGAAUGCGUCGCUUUUGAAUAACAGUAACACCACGCACCUCACUAGUCCGAAUGCUUCGAACGCGUCCACACCGACCACGGUGCAUCCGUACGCGCCACUCCAAAGUCCGACCCUGUCGAUGUCCACCAGCUCGAACAAUCGGUACGCUGAUCUGGGUGAUAUCUUCUCGGAGGUGGGCGACAUCAGCAUCUCGGCACCGGCAUCGGCGAACCUAACGAAGCUUACACAGCGACAGAUUCCCACACCGACAUCCGCCGGUGGCAGCAGCAGUAUCGCUAUACCGAGGCCACCCUCCAGAAGAUCGGAAGCGGCUGGUAAGGCAUCGGCACCAAGUGCGCAUUCGUUGUGCUCAUCUCGUUUAUCUUCGCUUCUAGUCGCGCGCGACCGUGUCAGUCCGGCGUCGCAGAUCGCCCGUGCAGACAGUGUUGGCAGUUUGGAGUUCCGCAGUCCGAGCGUCGGUAUCGGAUCGUCCCGUGGUCCGUCCCCGUUGACGAUCGGCAUGUCGGACACGAUUCCGUUGGCCGUUGCAUUCCACGAAAUUAUUCACGCCUAUUUCAAAGGUGCGGACGAGUCCCGGUGCCAGGUGAAAAUGUCGGGCGACAUGAUGAUAUCGUUCCCGGCCGGUAUUGUGAACGUGCUGACGAACAAUCCGAACCCGGCGAAGCUCGGCUUCCGCAUCAAGAAUCUCCAGCAUCUCGAGAACGUGCUGCCGAACAAGCAGCUCAUCACGAUCGAUCGGCUACAGUCGACCAGCUUCAGCACGACGCUCGAGUUCAACAUGCCAGUGCUGACGGCCACCCUGCGGCGUCAGUCCGAGCAGAACCCGAACGCGCCCCACAUCAACGUCGACAUCCUGAAGUACCAGAUCAGGGCGAAACCGGGCGCCUCCUCCUGCCCGUUCCAGCUCGUGUCCUACUGGAAGUGUGAGCAGCGGCACACGGACAUCAAGAUCGACUACAAGUACAACUGCCACGCGAUGGCCCAGCCGUCCCCGUUGCUGAACGUGUCCAUCUCGGUGCCGGUCGACGGUGGGGUGAAGAAUGUUCAGUCGAAACCACAUUCCGCAUGGCAAGGCGAAUCGAAUCGAUUGGUGUGGAACUUUACCGACAUAUCGCAACACUCCGAGAGCGGCGGUGUCGAUACGCUCCGGGCACGGCUCGAGGUAGGUUCGGGCCCGUCCACACCGGCCAUCAUUUCCACGCAGUUCAACUGCGAAGGUACGACCCUGUCCGGGAUCGAGUUUGAGCUGGCCGGGGCCGGCUAUCGGCUGUCGCUUGUCAAGCGCCGCUUCGUCUCAGGCAAGUACAUCUGCGAAGGAGACGGCAUACGAACGGUGAAAACACCGACCCCACCGAACGUGUCGGGCGUCAUGUCACCGAUCCCGUUCGGCGGCGGCAGCAAAUCGGCCAACGCGUCAUCCGGUGGCACCACUGGAUAGUAUCGGGUUUUCUUCUACUAGAAAAGCAGUACCGCAGCCAACGAACGAGCGCGCCUUGAUGGUGGUGGUGGUGGUGGUGGCCGCCGCUGGAGACGAAGGGCGUGAACUGAGUAGAAGAAGUUACCAAACGUUGUUAGAGGUAGUGUUGCUGCAUCCACGGGACACCGUCCACCAUCGUUCUGACCGUGCAGAAACAUACGCGAACAUCAUGCCCGCGGGUGUGUUGCUUGAUUUCGGGAUUUCGGGUCGAUUAGGUGAGUUUUACCUUUUUGCAACCCAAACUGGACUACGCAUUGGCAACGCAAAUUGGAAGGGAGCGUGGCGGGAGUUAGUUGGGCCAACUCGCCCGGGAAUGUAUGAGGCUUAGUGGGAGAUUUCAGAGGAGCGUUAUUAGGAGGUGUGACCGUGUGUGGAGGAUCGGAGCAGUUUGAUAUGAUUAGUCGCCUUUUGGUAAGGGGUAUGUGGUGCCUUCCCUCUUUAGUGGUCCCCGGUCCGUCGAUGCGCCUACUUUCUACUACAGUUCUCAUAGAUGUGUCCAACUUUGUUCGUCACCCUUUUCCCUAUCGGCUAUCUUCUCCAUCGGUACUAAGCAAUCUUAGUAUUCUCUAAAGGACUGAACGCCAUUCCUGUUUUUGUUGCCCCGUUGAGCUUUGAAUUCACGCACGAAUGCUUUAAGUAAAUGUAAAAACCUUGCAGAAGGCGCUGCUCGCUUUGAAACCCCAUUAUUAUAAUACGAAGCCCACAUCACAGCAAAAAAGAGCGGCGUGCGCUGUUCUGAAUUGAAUUAGAACUUAGGACACGAGCGGCUUGCGGGUUGAAAGAGAAGCGGAGUCGAGUGGUGGGGCAGGGGGAAGUUUGGGAUUACACGCACGCCAUUUCCACAGCGAGCAUCGAAUGGACGACGUCCGAAUGGAAAUACUCUCUCGUGAUCGUAAACGUUUGUAAUCGGGGUGGGGCAAAAAAGCUUAAGUUACGGUUAGUAGAUUAAUGACGCACGCUUCCAUAACAAACACAUACAUCCAAGCUUUUGUGUAUACGUUCAUCCUGUGGUUGUAUGCUUUACAGUAGCAUAUACACUCGAUGUGUGUGCGUGUGGGCAACUGCUUGGAGGAGAAGCGCUUUAGCUAGUACACAACACCGUCUGUAUUAUUACUUCUCCUUUCUCUUCAACCCCAUUCCGGUGGGAAGUUAUGGGUUUAAAUGUUAGUUUUGUAGCAAAUUACAAAAGCACCACCACCCACCCGCAUACAACCCCCGACACUCCUUCACACACCCGCGAAAGACUCGGUAACAAUUGUAGGUUAGGGAAAACAACGCAAUACAAACACACUCACACACAGACACACACUAAUACACAAUUAAAAUCCACUUUUUGCAUACAGUAACAAACAGGAGAAGAAGAAAGCAAGCAAACACUUAUUCCAAAUAGGAACAAAAUGGACGCAACAUUUAUCCAGGCAUCAUUAUUGUAUGGCAUUGUGCGAAAGGAAAAAUAAAACUUAGGCAAUUAUCAAACAAUGGCA